ACUUUUUGAAUGGACGCAAUUGUUGGUCGGCCUGUGUAUAUAUAGGAGAGUCACAUCCAAAGGUCACAUCCAAAACGCACGUUAAAACCAAAACACGUAUACAGUACUCGGCCAAGAGCAGGGUGUUCACCCGCCCGAUGUAUUGUACUUGCCAGCUAGUCCCGGCAAAAAUUCAGGUCAAGUCAAUCUUGACGUGUAUUUGUCAUAAUAAUCAUUAUAAUGAUUGUAGGCAUUAACGAAAAGACAAGACAGACAUGACAGAUAAAAAAAUAUAUAUGUACCUGCGCCUAGGAUGCUGAAGUGAAAAUGCUGACUUGUGCUACCUUCCGAAAUGUCGAUGCCUUGAAAUCGACCUCGGCGUUGUUUCUGCAGACCUGCUAUGCCUUAGGAACGAUCAAGUCUAUCGGAGUCUAUCUACCGGUCCUGGAACGGGAUUUAGGACUUACCUCGACAGGUAUCGGCAUCUGUCUUGGUUUAUUCAACGCGUUUGCAUAUGGUCCAGGACCAGUGGGAGCAUACUUUUAUCAAAGACUCCGUGGCGGCUUUCGAAGGUGUCUUGUGAUGACUGGGGCAGUGUUAGCAACAUCAGGACUCGUACUGGCAUCGUUCGUCAACAAUGGUGUAGGACUAGCUCUUUGCCUUUCUCUUGCAGGACUUGGCUCCAACAUUCUGUCGAUAUCGUUAAUAAUCACCAUGAACAACCAGUCCGGUGAUGACUUUGGAAUCUUCUACGGCAUUGGCAAUUCAGGAUAUGCCUUUGGGAUGGCCCUUGUGCCACCACUUGCUGACUACCUGAUGGGAAUCUACGGCUGGAGAGGGUCCUUACUGGUCAUUGGAGGCAUCAUGGGACACCUGAUACCUUUGACCUUGAUGGUGGGCCUCGACAUAGAGGGUGUUUCAAAUAUUGAACUUGACAAUUCACAUCCCAAUGAACGAACGACUGACGAGCCCUUUGAUACCAUCGCCGAAGAAACAAGCCCUUGCACUUCAGGGAUUCAGACAGCGCCACUUCAUCAUUUGAAUAAAGCACAAGCAGAAACAAAAGACGUUGAUAACACCGCCUCGCUGGAGGAAUUCAGUUCAGAGACAAGCGAAGAUACAUCUUUAAUACAGGGUUCGUCCACUGGUAAAUGGGAUAAGGACGUUUCUAACAAGUACAAUGUGCAUGCCGGGAAAGGGCGUUAUAGUCAAACGAUUUGUUCCGAUCUUUACGCCUUUGGUUGCCGAAUCGUCCAGGACUCGAUCUAUAAUCAAGACCGUCUGAUGAUCCUUUUAAUGUUCCUCUCUGCGGUGUACGCAAUUAUAAAUGGUGGUUGGUACUCCUUCCUCAUCCCACGUGCAGUUGCACUGAUCGAUAAACCAUCCAAAGCAUUAUGUAUUGCUUACUCCGGAGCUGUUGCAACCUUCGUCGGCCGCUGCUCCAGCGGAAUACUCGUCGGGUCCAAACUAUGCGAUGGGAAAUACUUGUUUCUUUUCUUUACUUUACUCAACAUCGCGUCACUUCUUGUAGAUAUCUUUGUACCGAAAAUUCCCGUAAUGAUUGUGACGUCAUUUAUUACGUCACUGAUGAUUGCUGAGAGGAACGUUCUCUUAUUGGUGAUUUGUAAGGACAGAGCUCAUCAGUCCCACUUCCCAGUCAUACUAGCUUCUUAUCAGAUUGCGUUUGGAGUCGGGACGUUCCUCGGAUCUUCGUUUGCUGGUUAUGUUGCUGAUGUGGCAGGAACCGCCAACGCUUCUUUUAUGUUCAUCGCAGCGACCGAUUUCCUUGUAUUCUGUCUGAUGCUUCUUUCCGUAAUCCUAGACAGGUUGCAGGAACGCAACAUUGACGGAUGAAAGAGUGGCAAUUAUGAGCUGAAGUUCAACCAGUGACUGAUCCACUCAAGAUCAGAGACUAUUCGUUCUAUGACGCAUGACGGAAUUAAGAACAUAGAAAAAUAUAUUGUCAAAUGCCCCUCAAUGACAAAGUACAACCGAGAAGGCUUUGUCGAAAAUUGGCGAAUCGAAGUAGCAGAUUCGUCCUGGACUCUGGACAAACGAAAUACUUGCAAUUUUUUGUCAGCUCCAAGACUUAUGACGAAAUUGCUGUACCAGUUCACCCAUUCUUGACAAAGGCCUUUCAGCUGUUCAUUAUCAUCUGACGGGUAUUGUCAAUACAUUUACUGUGUUCUUGAAUUCGUCCUCGUUGCAGUUGCAAAAACUCAUGGAAGAAAAGCAAUAUUGGAAUUGACGUUAACCACGACUGCAAACCAAAGUUGGACUAUUAUCUGCCGCUGCUAUCUCCCACUCCACGGAAAAUUACAUGUGAAGAAAGAAAGUUGUACAUUAAUAUGAAUAAUUAUAUAAGCUUUGAAAAUUGGUAAUCCCCUCUCUCUCCCUGACAUCUUCCGUUUUCCUCUCUCUCUUUCCCUCUCCACUUAAGAUCUUUCUCUUCAAUUUUCUCUUCUUAUUAUUUUGAUGUUGUGAUAAAUAAGAGGAGAUUUGUAGUGAAUGUGUAAAUAUUUUUAGAAUAACUGUUUGACUAGUAUAUGCAGUGGCGUAUCUAGGAUAAUCGACGCCCGGGGCAAGUGUUUAAAUCGCGCCCUUUUCAAAGUGUAUUAUAUAAAUGUACAUAUCGAGAUACAUAUGUAUACGGAGGUGCCGUGGCCGAGUGGUCUAAGGCGCUGACAAGACAUUUGGAAGUCCGGGGUUCAAUCCCCGGCCACCACACCUAUGCCUGUGAGCAAGGCAUUUAAUCGACAGUGCUCUUUUAUCCUGCUUUAAAAUAAAUGGAAAUGUUAUAUGCAUUCUUGGAAACUCGGUGUGGACUUGUUUCUUAUAAAAAAUAUCAAUACGAGUGCAAACAUUUUUCAAUAGACGUUAAGACGGAAUAUUUUUUGAUUUUUUUUGUAAUCAUAAAUGUGAUUCGUAUGAUUGUCUUUAAAUAUCUUAAUGGUCAGGCCCCAAGCUAUAUCUCAGAUCUCUUGAAAUUAAAAUCCCGAUCUCAUGACCAUCACAUUCGUAGCUCACAAGAUACACUCACACUGCAAGUGCCCCCACACAAGACAAAACACUAGGAGAUAUGCCAUUUCUUAUAACAGCCCCUUCCCCUCGACAUUAGGAAUUCAACAACUUUACAUGAUUUCAAAUUAAAAAUAAAAACCUUUCUAUUCCAAUAGUAUGUACAGCAUCUGGGAAGCUCUUGCAACGUAAUAGAAUAUAUAGAAAUAGUUUUCGCGCUAUAUAAAGGCAUAUUAUUAUCUAACUUAACAAUGAAUGCGGGCGCAAAGCGCGAGCUGAAAAUGAGUGAUCUUCUGAUCUGAAAAAGGAGCAUUAAUAAUUGAUAAAUUAUGACAAGGAAUCAGGGAUAUCAUUAGAUAAAUUGACCUAAUACGACGGCGAAGCGGGAGCCUGUGUUUUUAUUCAACAUUAAGAUCUUAAGACUGAAUAUUCUAAACAAUUGAUGCGAGCGCGAAGUGCGCGAGCCGAAAAUUAUCAAUAUUUAGACCUGAAAUCGGGACCUUUUAGGGAAAAGUAAUCACACGAAGCGGAUCUACAACUAAGAAAUUAAUGCAGGCACGAGAAACUGAAAGGGGGCAAUUUUAAGGAGUAUUCUUAUGAAUUCAUGAACUUCCUAUACGUAUCUUUUCGGCGUAAUGUGUGCGCGAAGCGCGAGCUGAUUUUGUUGGUAUAUCCUCUCCUAAAAAGCGAAAAUUGUAACAAUUAGUGAAGAGGGUUUGUAUCUACCUUAUCAAAUCAGAGCGUGAUUAUAAGUCUUUGUUGAUUAAACAAGAAAAAAAAAUGUAUUUCAGAACGGUUUGUAAGAAUUAAUGAAGAGUAACAUAUCGAAAUGCUUACCCGCACCUAGAGAUGAAAAAUUAUAUGAUAUGCGUUUG